AUGGCCGCUCUGGUCCAAACCGUCCCACAGCAAGCCGGCACGAUCACCUUGCUGCAGUCUCGCCCUGCUUCCUCCUCUUCCUCUGCUACCUUCACCACCUCUGCACAGCUCCACAACCAGUCUCCGAUGGCCCGGAACCAGAAUCACGCCCGCUCGUCUAACGGGGGCUCUGGCCCUGGCUCCGGCUCUGGCUCUACCGGUUACCGGCUCGUCCAACCAGUCGCCCCUUAUGCCUUCACGGCCACUCCCGGACUGCCUGCAAACUCACAGCGACACACCCAAACUCAAAGUCAGGCGCAGCUGCAGCAGACACAAAACACAAUAACCACCACAAACAACAACAGCAACAACAACAACAACAACACCAGCUACCCUGGAACCAUCCCUCCACGCACUCACUACUCCUCCACCACCACCACUACUUCCACUACUGCUGGCUCGGUAUCCAAUUCUACUUCCUCUAAUUCUUCCGUUUAUUCACACCCUUCCAAGGAUGACUCUUCCCUCCUCUCCAAGCGCCAGAACCCUUCAGAACUGACUCUGCGUCCUGUUCCCGCGAUCGAUCUCUCUCCUCCUGCUCUCCCUCCUCCUUCAGCCUCAGCUUCACCCACUACCGCAAACAAGCCUUCUCCGGACAGAUAUCGCCGCGGCCAGCGUCGUGGAGACCAGCCUGCCUCCCCCGCUGCAGCCAUCUCUACCAUAGAGCCUAGCUCUCUUGGCAUGGCAACCGCUCAGACUGCCAAAUCUCUCACUCCCUCUAUCGUUGAUAUCCCCAGUAGACCGCAUCAUGCCCGUGGAUCCAGUGUUGAUGCUGCAGUGACGGAUGGUUCCAGUCCUUCCAGCACCGAGCUGGCAAAACGUUACCGCCGCAGAAGCAUGGGCAGCAUCGAUACUGCUGGAUUUCUCACCUUUCCUGACUCCCACCCGUCUCCUCACGCAAAUGAGAUGGCUCUCUCCGAGUUCCCCCUGAGCGGUACUCCGCCUCCUCCAAACUCCAUGUCAAAGAAUGCUGACACGGCUUCUGUCAACUCCUCUUCUGGCUCAGUUAAGUCUGAUAAAGGAGCAGAAACAUCCACAACAUCUCAACCUACCACCUCAAAUAAUACUAACAACAACACCAACAAUAAAAAAGCUGCGGUGACUCGUCCUACAGAGACAUCAAAGCGAUCGAGCACUCCUUCUCCUUUGUCGAAACCAGUUAACCUUGAUGCUGAUGAGACUGUAACGCCCACCACGACUUCAAAAUCUACCCCUGACACGAAAAACCAGCCGCCAAAGGUGGCAGAGACCCCCAGCCCGGCCGCAAAACGGCUCAUCGAGAUCUCAAAGAAAGGCCAAGGAAAGGGAGCAAAGUCACGGCUACGGCGUGCACUCUCCUUCAGCAGCGUUGCCGAGCUGCGUGGUAUCUCUAGCCCUGAACCAGCUGUUAGCUCCCCUCGCAAACAGCAGCUAGACGAAGAGCUGGGACCCGAGCAAGCUGCCAUUGCAGCCAAGCAGGAAGCCGGUGGACUGGGCGAAAGUAUCUACUCUGGCCAGGGUAACGUCUUCACUGGCUCGACAGACAACAUCUCCGUCUCCUCAACCGCCUCGUCCGCCUCCAUCAUGCUCCGCAAAAUGGGCAACGGCGUCAAACGAUCCACUCGUUCUCUCGUCGGCCUUUUCCGUCCCAAAUCAGUCUACAAUGCUCCCACGGACACGUCCCGAAUCACGGCACCCGUCCCGCAGGUCUCUAUGGUAACAGUAGAGGCCCAGCGAGAUGCCGUCAACAAAGGACCACCUGUUCUCCCCGAUAUUGGCGCGGGCAUGGGUGCGGCGAAGCAAGAGAUUGUAAUUGAGCGUCCUCGGUCGACAGAGUCAGAUGCUAGUGCCAGUGCAGAUCGAAGUGGCAGAAAGAGCAUCUUUGGCGGUGACCAGGAGCGUGCCGAAGUCCUGGCCGCAGUUAGAAAGGGCAUUCUCAAAAAAUCAGGCACCAACUCCUCAAACUCCUCCCCCGUCAUCCGACCCACAACGGAUCUUGCUCCUGUCCCAACUCUACAACGCCCUGAGUCCCAGCGCUCUAGCAGCGCUCCAAGCAGUUCUGCCGGUGACCGUCCCCCACGAUCUGGUCACCGACGCACCGACUCCGUCACCAUCGAGGGAGAAGACUACUUCCUCCCCGCUGGCCGCUUCACUGGCUCCGGCCAAAGCGCCCCUGGCACCCCACAAUCGACUACCGGUCGAAAUAUUUCUUUCAGUCCUCGAAUCCAGUUCCACGAUACCUGGCCCAGCGGCGAGUAUGAUAGACGUGGAGAUGUGGCGACAUGUAAUCGUCUCACCCCUCUGCUUGCCCAGCAGAUCAAGGAGGAGCUUAAUACUUUCAAAAUGGAGAUGGAGGUCCACGAAUCUUCCAAAGUCUACACACACUUCUUUUAA